UCCAUUUCAAGAUGGCGUUUAGAUUGUGCCGGUCGCAUGGAUUAUCAAAACGAUUACAAGAUGUAUUUAAGGUACAGACCAGGCUAACAACAACAGCCACAGUUGAAGGAGGGAAAAGCAAUGCAAAAAUGUGGUUUGCAUUUGGUGCACUUGCUGCAGGAGGGCUUGCCACAGGUUACAUCCUUCAACCAACUGUUGAUGCUGCAGAACUUGAACUUCACCCUCCCCACUACCCUUGGGCUCACAAAGGCUUUUUGAGUUCACUUGACCAUGCAAGCAUCCGACGAGGUUAUGAAGUGUACAGACAGGUCUGUGCUGCUUGCCACUCAAUGGAGCAAUUGGCAUAUCGACAUCUUGUGGAUGUGGCUUACACAGAAGAAGAAAUGAAAGCUAUUGCAUCAGAGGCACAGAUUGAAGAUGGUCCUGAUGAUGAUGGAAACAUGUUCACCAGACCAGGAAAGUUGUCAGACUCCUUCCCUAAGCCAUAUCCUAAUGAACAGGCUGCAAGAGCUGCUAAUGCUGGUGCUUAUCCCCCAGACCUGAGCCUUAUUACAUCUGCAAGACAUGGUGGAGAGGACUAUGUAUUCAGUAUCUUGACAGGUUACACAGAUCCUCCUGCUGGAGUAGAAGUCAAGGAUGACUUGUACUACAAUCCAUACUUCCCAGGGCAAAAUAUUGCCAUGGCACCAGCAUUGUACAAUGAAAUCAUUGAAUAUGAGGAUGGUACACCUGCGACAGUCAGCCAGCUGGCUAAAGAUGUGUGUACUUUCCUUAAGUGGGCUGCAGAACCUGAACAUGAUGACCGCAAAAGAAUGGGAAUGAAGGCCAUGACGAUUCUCGGGUUCCUUACGUUUGCCUCAUACUACUACAAGCGUCACAAGUGGUCAGUGUUAAAGAGCCGCAAGAUCGUGUAUCGUCCCUCACCCCACUCCUGAGGGGCUCAAUAACUGAACAAAUUUAAACAACUUUUUACGCAGAUAAUGUCAGCAUUAGAUGAAAAAAAUAAGUGCAGGUACUAUUUGAUCUGUGCUUUAAGAGGGUGAUAGCAUCAUUUAGGCCUUGCACACCUAAUUAAGUGCAAAUAUUCUGUUGUGAUAUUGACCAAGGCUUACUGUAAAAAAUUCUGUUGAUCAGAGUGCCUCCUUAAAUUUCGUGAGUUAUGGUGUUUGUUGCUGAGGUGUAGCUGCUUUUAGCUUACUCUCUGUGAAUAGCCUCUUUAAAAAGCUGUGAGGUAAUCCAAAUGAUAUUUUAUUCCUUUUUGUUGUGAUUUACUUCAAUAAACACUAAAUUGAAAUGUUUUGAAAUUA